AUGGCGGGAAUCUAUUUGAGCUACGCGGCGUGUAGAGUACCAAGUAAAGUAAAACAUGGUUGCUAUCAUACUGCCUGUACUUCACGGCGAAUGCAGACUGGGCGGUUGAUAAAUCGCCAUCUACUUGCUUUUAUGAGCUUUGAAGAGCGCUGCAUUAACUUCCAGUUGAUUCUUGCAAAUAUUAUUGAGCUGCAAUAUGCAAAUUUCCGGACUUUCGAACUCUGCAAAGCUCUAGACCAUUGUGAAACCUACACGAUCGCAUACAUCAGACGAAAGGGGGGCGAGAAUCAAGACAUGCAGAGUAUUGACAAGAAGAAGGCUGAUGGUAGAACUUGA